AUGCCGUUCAGCCAAACCGAAAUCGAAGAGGAACAAGCUCACUUUGCUCAAGUGAUUUCUACGUUCAAGCAGUAUGCAGCGUACUCUUUGGCUGCGAACAAUCGGCGUAGAAAGGACUUAUUCACAUUGCCGAGGGCUGACCAAGAAUUGCUGGAUAGCCUUGGGUAUAAAGAAAAGUUGGCGCAGGCUGACCGAGCCAUCCUCACCAAUGCGGCAUUUUUGAAUACGAUCGUGGCAAAUCCAGAGAUCUUUGGACAUGAUCUAGACGUUGAGGAAGAAGCGUCAGAACAACAGCAGGAAGGACAAAAUAAACAGCAGAAAAUUCAAGCUCCCUCUCAUUCUCAUUCGCACGGCCAUACACACGGAUCGCAUUCGCAUUCUCACUCACACGGUGACCCUCAAGCGUCUAUGCAUAACGCAAGCGCAGACAAUGCCCAAUCGAAACAACAGCCCCAUCGUCCAAGCGACUUUGAUAUGGACAGGCUGCGUAGCACCCUGAAACAGUUUGUACGGGACUGGAGUGAAGAGGGUCGAGCGGAGCGUGAAGUCUGCUAUGUUCCAAUAAGAGAUGCAUUGCUUGAUCAUUUCGCGCAUGUCUCUAUAGAAGAGAGGAGAAAGCUGCGUGUAUUAGUUCCCGGCGCUGGACUCGGUAGACUGGCAUGGGACGUGGCAAACUUGGGCUUCGCUUGUCAAGGGAAUGAGUUUUCGCAUUACAUGCUACUGGCGUCGUAUUAUAUUUUAAACCGGACGGACAGCAUCAACGAACACACGAUAUUUCCAUACGUGCAUUCCUUCUCAAAUCUUCCAAACAGUGUGGCUAUGUUACGACCGAUCGCUAUCCCAGACGUGUUACCAUCAUCGUUACCACCCGGUAGCGAUUUCUCCUUGGUAGCAGGUGAUUUCGAGGAGAUUUAUGGCGCAGACGAUAAAGAGGGCGAACCACAUGCGGGACAAUGGGACGCGAUCUUGACAUGCUUCUUCAUCGACACUGCCAAAAAUAUCGUCAACUACUUGCGUAUUAUUCAUCGCAUCCUAGCGCCAGGCGGGGUGUGGAUUAACCUCGGGCCCUUGUUAUGGCAUUUCGAAAACAACUCGACAAAUGAUACGUCUAUCGAGCUCAGCCUCGAAGAAGUCACAAAUCUUGCAAGGAAGAUCGGCUUUCAAGUAACACACGAGCGAUCAAUUGGCACUACGUACACGAAUAAUGCGCAGAGUAUGUUGGGCUAUGUUUACCACGCAGCAUUCUGGCGGGCGACGAAGGCACAUUGA